AUGUGGGGAUUUUCUGGAGGUUCUCUAGCAACAUCCUGGGCAGCAGCAUUACAGCCUUCUUACGCAUCAGAACUAUCGGAUAAUUUGGUUGGAGCUCUUUUAGGUGGACUCUCGAGUAAUAUAACGAGAGUGGCAUUUGCAAAUGACGGAACUGUGAGAGCAGGACUUAUACCGUCUUGCAUUAUAGGGUCUGGUAAUGAAUAUCCCGAAUUUAAGAAAAAGAUAUACGAAGAAGUACAUCGUUCACGAAAAUUCGCAUUAGAAACUGGUGAGAAAUACUGUAUGCUAAAAGCUGUAGCAACCAAUCUAUGGAGAAACUUCCUCAAAGGUACAAGACCAGUUUUUCCCAAGGGCCCGACAUUGUUACAAGAGGAAGUUAUUGCAAAAGUAAUUGAGGAAAAUUCCUUGAUAAAUUUCGCAGAUACACUUAUACCCGAGAUUCCCAUCUUGAUCUACCAUGGAUCAUUGGAUAAUAUUGUUCCUAUCGAAGAUCCAAGAUCACUCUACGAUUCAUGGUGUCAAAAUAAUAUUGGCUCCUUAGAGUUUGCCGAAGAUAUGACUGCAGGACAUUUUGUUGAAAUGUUUGCCGGAAUUCCAUCUGCAAUUGCUUGGAUAAAGGCAAGAUUCCAAGGGAUUAAACCUGUCGAAGGAUGUGUUCACAAUAGGCGAACUUCUAACCUUCUUUAUCCGGGAAGCAUACCAGCCAUAUUUCAAUACUAUAAAAGGUUGUUGGUACCUGCAAUGAUUAGACAGCUUGAAUUAUAUGAGAAGGCUAGCAAAGAUUCCCAGAUUUCAGAGAAGACAAUAGACGUUCUCAUAGGCAGGUAG